UGAAACGGAUCCGUGGCUUUCACACGCCAACUAUACCUGUCCUGCGCACUUAGCAGAUGUUCAACAGGUGCAAGGCUGUGGACGCGUUAUGUUUGCGAACCUCUGCAAUCCCGAUGGCAGCGGGGCUCUUGAGUCCCCCUGAAAACUCGGCUUGUAAAGUGCCGUUCCCAACACUGCACCCUGAGUUUUGGAGCAAAGCCGAGGCCUCUCCCACCUUCGCCACCACCCGUACGGGGGAGGAAUCCACGCUGCCCGACCGGCAGCCGGAGCGGGCCCGCGGCCCGGCCAGGCCGCAGGGGGCGGUCCGGGCCCGGCGCCGCUCGCCCGGGCGCAGGCGCCGCCGUGGGCCCGCGGCGGAGGGCAGCUCGCCCCGGGACGGCGGCUCCAUGCGCUGCCAGGUCUCGGUGCUGUAUUUCGCCAGGAGCGCGGAGCUGGCGGGGCUGCGCUCUGAGACCCUCUCGGUGCCACGGGAGAUCACCUCUCUGCAGCUCUGGGAGGAGAUCGUCAAGGUCCACCCCAGGCUUGCUGUCAUCCGGGAUCAAGUGGUAUUUGCCGUUCGGCAGGAGUACGUUCUUCUUGGAGAUCAGCUGCUGGUCCUGCAGCCUGGAGACGAGGUUGCCAUCAUCCCACCAAUUAGUGGAGGCUGAACCUGCCCGAGUUCUAUUAGGUCCGAAGAUGUGAUUGCAAUUCUCUCCUGCCACCCCAGUACUCAUUUGAGAGAGCCCAGCUUGUGUUUCUGUCUGGAGAGUGCAGUUGUGCUGAGCAGAAACUAUAUGCCAGUGCACCAGUAAAUGAUUAACAUGUGUGCAGUAAAUGGAAGACACUUGCCAGAGAGCUUUCCUAGUGCGAUAUGGAAGAAAGCGAAGAUGUGCCAAAAGAUUUUAUCAAGCUCAAGUUUGAAAAGCUGUCUGUAGAUGAAGUGUCAGAGCUGGUUGUUUCACCAUACUGUGGGGCAGUGUCUCUGUUCAUUGUUGAUAAUUUUUGUUUAGGUACUACAAGAAAUAAUUUUGAAGGAAAAAAAGUGAUUCGCUUAGAAUAUGAAGCAUAUACUUCAAUGGCAGAGACUGAAAUAAAGAAAAUCUGCAGAGAUGUUAGACAGAAAUGGCCUUCAGUCAAACAUAUUGCAGUGCACCACAGACUUGGAGCAGAAUCCCUUGAAGCUGUAAUGUACUGCAUCAAUACCUUAAAAGCAUCCGUCCCAAUAUGGAAAAAGGAGAUUUAUGAGGAUGAAUAUUCUUGGAAAGAAAACAAGGAAUGCUUUUGGGCAAAUUCAGAAAAAUAAUUGUACUCUUUUGAAAAUAAAGUGUUACUCUUCCUAAUGAA